AUGUCCAAUGGAAUGAUGUCACGAAGUUUCGCAAUAGCGAAGAGCUUGACAACAAGUGGAUAUUUGAGCGAUAUGGUUGAUGUUUCCGUUUGUAUAGCGGUUAAACUAUCAGAUAUAUCUUUUCCGCAUGAUGUGAGAUUUACGCAACAAUUACACAACGCUCUGUUACUCUGCUAUGAACAUCGAUUUUUCUUGAUUGCCAAGAAUAUUCGCCUUGGAAUAAUAAGUGCUAAAAUUUGUAAGAAAUCAACACGUGCUUGA